GAUCGCAGUUACAAAAAGAUCAAAUAGGCCUUCUAAACACUUAAGGAUUCCAAACGGACGAGAAUGAAGGAACCAACAAAAAGAGGAAGGAGAUGCGGUCUUUCGAUCCUCACCGUCGCGACUGCCAUUUCGAUAGCAGCCUCAAACCAACCGGAGUUGGUGGCAAACGCCUUGGUUGCGCGAUCUAGAACUCAUGGCCAGUAUUCGCAUGCUUGCUUGCCGAAGACGUCCUGGCAUUGCAAAGGAAAGGGCGGUGCCGGAGAUCUGGCACUUCGAAAAUACACAGGUAGCAACGUUGCAUCCGGGACAAGGCAAAAUUACAAUAGGGCACAGAAACAGCCAUUACCGUCGGCUUUGCAUUCCCUAUUGAACAACGAUGGGGAMAACGACCCAAACAGAAAGCUCUCUCUGAAAGAAAGCGUGGCGUAUGGACGGAAUCUGCUUGCCUCCUUUUCCUCUCUCAUGGCCUUAUGGUUGCCGCUGUUCGCAGUUUGGGGAAUCCCGGCCCUUGUAUCCAAUGCGCGAUCCUUCCCACCGAAUUCUCCCGAUCAGUACGCCGCUGUGACACUUCUCAUUGUUUCGAACAGAAUCUAUCUGUAUGCCCUUGCGAUGACCAUCGUGGGGGUUGCUGCUGUUCGGGGAACCAUUUCCGGAGAUUCGAAAGCCCUGGGCCAACGCCUGACCGCCCUGACCGAGGAACUCUUGGUCUUAGAUCGGCCUCUGUCACUGAAAGUAGGAACUACAUCAACAGAAAAAUUUGAUGACGAAGACGAGAUUCUGGACCAAGGAAUUCUCACUCUGCCUCCUGCGACACCGGAACCAACCCCUCCUCCGUCCUUCGUUCGCAAGAUGGUGGACGAUUCGGGACUGGAGGAAAGUCUCGAUGGGGUCGAUUCGGGAACCCAGGCCUUGCUCGUCCCGCUGUUGGUCUCGGGACUGCUUGCCGCAUCGGUGAUCUCCCUGCCCUUUUGGUCGUCGCAGGACUUGUUGCUGUCCUCUAGUAACAAUAUGGACAGCGAACUAUKGCAGCAACUACAAACUUACAUCCGGAAGAUGUUUCCCUUUUUCGGUCAGCUCUGGAACGCAGCCUUGCUGACACUGUUUACAAGAGCCGAGCUGCGUCGGCUAGGGUACGAGCUCUUUGGCAUCGGUGGCAUGAAAGAAAUCAACGGAGACAGCGAAAACGGUGGCUUCGCGAGUGUCCCCAAGCUCCAGAUUGGCGUGGAAUGCCUGAUGGCAUUAGCCAUCACGGGCUAUGGAGCAUAUUACUUGCAGUACUGGCCGGCAUGCAAUUUCGUAAACAUGUCCGUAGCAAUCCUCGUGGCACGAGCCCUCCGGCUGGACUCCCUCUUGACUGUAGCGGGCGCACUCGCGUUGCUGACGCUCUACGACGGCGCAUCGGUCUUUUUGAUACCGGCGGCCCACGCAGCGAGUACUUUUGUGGCGGACGCUUCUGCGGCAUCCGCCUCGGCCAUGGGAUCCGUGGCCGUCCAAAAACUCACGUCCGCUGGCUUCCAGCCGGGGCUCCUGGUCACCAAACUCGACGGGGACAAGCUAACGGGAACGCUUGGGCUGGGGGAUGCGGUCUUUCCCUCUAUUCUUGCUUCCUUCUUGAAGAGAUUCGACGACGAUCAAAACGAAAGGAAGGAGGCAGAGGCAUCUGCCUCGGUCGGCCCCGACAGCAGCGCGGAACAGCCAUCCCGAUCCCGUCUGUUCGAGGCCUCCCUCGUAGGCUAUGCGGCUGGUUGUCUGGCCUGCGAAUUCGCACCCACAAUUUCCACCGGUGGAGUCCCCGCCCUGGUGUUUUUGCUCCCAUCAAUGGGCCUGGCUACAUUCCUCGCAGCUUCGACCUCCGGCAGCUUGGGCGAGCUAUCCAUCUACAAGGGUGAGAAUGGUCGCAGCAACAGUCGCAUCCUGUUGGAAGAGCCAGGGAACGAGUGAGUUGGUUCUGGGUGUUUCAAUCAGUGCUUUUGCACWUUAACAAUGUUGUAACAUCCAAUUGACAAUCCAGAUUCAGCAGUGUGGAAAUAAAGCGGCAAUAUGCAUCACGUCAGCAAAGUGGAUUCUGGAUCGGCUGGAAGAAUACAAAUAAUGAUAUUUUUACGAC